AUGCAUAAAUCAAAUAAAAGAAAAAUAACGCACGAGCAAUUUUCCGAACCCAAUGACGGAAUUGAUGUAGACACGUCCAAGCCCACUGCCGUUUUUACCCCGCGGGGAGGCAGAUCGUAUACGUUGAGCGUUGCUCUUCCGGGAAGCAUUAUUGCUAAUGCCCAAUCCCACGACCAAAAAACCUUCCUCGCUGGCUCAAUCGCGCGAGCGCUGGCAGUAUUCUGCGUCGAUGAAGUCGUAAUAUUCGAGGAUGACGUUCGACAGAGGCAGUCAAACGCCCACUACGAUUUGAGCAAAGACGAAUACACUGCUUAUUCCGACCCGUCGCAUUUUCUUGCACAUGUCCUUUCCUACCUAGAAACUCCCCCGUACCUCCGAAAAUUCUUGUUUCCUAUGCACAAAAAUCUCCGGACUGCGGGGACAUUACCGAGCCUGGACAUGCCGCAUCAUAUACGAGCGAACGAGAGUUGUGAAUAUCGAGAAGGGGUCACAGUCCCAGCCAACGAGGAGCACGGGUUUGGGCAGUCGAAUGCGGAAAAUCAUCACAACCAGCAUAAACGAAAGAAAGGGAAGAAGAAUAUGGAGGAAGGGGUUCAGGACACGGUGAUGUCCUAUACGUUAGUUGACACAGGUCUUCCAAAUAAAGUCUGCAUACCACAUAUACCCGUUCCGGAAAAUACGAGGGUAACCGUGAAACUGUGUUCGUCAGAGGAUCCAUCCCAAGGUGCCGAGGUGGUCUCUCCCUCUACUCCGCGGGAAGAAAUGGGGUACUACUGGGGAUAUUCGGUCCGGUGCUGCGACUCAUUAUCCGACGUGUUCACUGAAUGUCCCUUUGAUGGAGGGUACGAUCUGUCAUUUGGGACCUCAGAACGCGGCUCGCCUCUAUCACAGGUCAUAACAGAAGGGGUUCCCAACUUCGAACACUUAAUUGUCGUUUUUGGAGGGGUGGCUGGUCUUGAGGUUGCAGUGAAGGCGGACAAGGAGUUACUGGCGAGAGGCUUGAGGCCUGAAACAGUUGGAAAUAUGUUCGAUUAUUGGGUGAAUGUGCUUCCAGGACAGGGAAGCCGCACUAUUAGGACUGAGGAGGCGGUUUGGUUAGGGCUAAUGGGGUUGAGGGGUGUGGUUGAGAAGAACGGCUCUUAG